UGCUGGGGCUCGGCCUCGGCUGCCUGGCCCAGGAGCCGGCCCGGGAGGCUGGGCGCAGCCUUUGCCGCGCGAAGGGGGCUGGCGCUGCCCGGGCGUUAGCCGCUGCUCCCUCCCCCGCCGGCUGCUUGCUGCAUGCUCACCCUGCUCCAGUGAGAGCCGCGGCGGGGCGGCUUCUCUCCCCUCCCUCCUUCUCCGGCGGCUGGAGGUGGGAGGGAGAGAAGAGACCCAGCGAGGAAGGAGCCGGCUGUGCGGAGCGGAGCCAUGCGAGAAUACAAGGUGGUGGUGCUGGGCUCGGGCGGGGUGGGCAAAUCCGCCCUCACCGUGCAGUUCGUGACCGGCUCCUUCAUCGAGAAGUAUGACCCCACCAUCGAGGAUUUCUACCGCAAGGAGAUCGAGGUGGAUUCCUCCCCCUCGGUGCUGGAGAUCCUGGACACUGCCGGCACCGAGCAGUUCGCCUCCAUGCGGGACCUCUACAUCAAGAACGGGCAAGGUUUCAUCCUGGUCUACAGCCUGGUCAACCAGCAGAGCUUCCAGGACAUCAAGCCCAUGCGGGAUCAGAUCAUCCGGGUGAAGAGGUACGAGAAGGUGCCCAUGAUCCUGGUGGGCAACAAGGUGGAUCUGGAGGGCGAGAGGGAGGUCUCGUAUGGGGAAGGCAAAGCUCUGGCCGAGGAGUGGAGCUGCCCCUUCAUGGAAACUUCAGCCAAAAACAAAGCUUCAGUGGACGAACUGUUUGCAGAGAUUGUCAGGCAGAUGAACUACGCUUCCCAACCCAACGGGGACGAUCAGUGCUGCUCGUCCUGCGUGAUCCUCUGAAAGGGCGUGCGGGGCAAUGUUGUCGUUCGCACAGGUUUACAGCAAAAAGAAGCAGCAAUGUGAUCGUUCGAAACAAAGAUUGGAAACAACUUUGCAUACACAAGGAUUCCAGGCUGCAGCAGCAGCUGCUGCAGUGAUCAGUGUCAUUGGGUGGGUGUAUUGUUGGGACGUGGCUUUUUCAGCAUGUAUAUUUCAUCGAUUUUGAUUGUUGCAUAUUUCCCGUAAGUACCAUUUACAGAUUGCUGUAUUGGCAACUGACACCAGUAAGGAAAGUUUCGGCCUGGAGAAAGGGGAGCUUGUGAGCAAUCGUUUUCUAACUGGAAGAGUUAAAUUUCACUUAAGGAACUGAGGGGAGCAGUAAACGAAGAAACCAUUGCAGAGAGAGGGAGAGAAAUCUUUCCGUGGACGUGUGGGGGUAACACUUAAGAUUGGUGCUCUCUCUUCUUUAGCCAACCUUGAAUGCACCCGGUGACUGUGAUAUUGAUUCUGAGGAUUUCUAUGCAAAGUUGGAUUAUUGUUACAGUGUAUCCAAUCUGAAGUAUUGCACAUCUGAACUGGGACUUUGAAUAACACUGAUGCCAAUACAGUGUGGGGUGCCAGAACGUGUCUGCUGAUCAUUUGUGAAACUUCCUAUUUUGUUUACCUGCUGUAUCGGAUGGGAGUUUGGGGGAGAGCGGUAGUAUUUUUUUUUUAAAUCAGCUGUGAAAAUGUUACAAAUCUGCACAAUA